GGAUCCGGGAAGUGGGGGAGCGGGCACGGGGACGUGGUGGUGGUCGAGAGUCAAGAGACGCGCGGGCAGGACGCGCCGGAUGACCGGGCCGGUGGCUCGGUCCGAGGUCCGGGCUUCGUCGUCGACGCGCUCGACGGCCUCGGACUCAGGCCAAGGGUG